AAAAAACAGAAAAAAAAGAUCAAAGCCCACUGCUGAAAAGGGAGAGGAAGCGGCCUAGUGUCAUAAGCACAAAAACAUUGCUACGCACGCCUGCAUCAACACGCGCGUGUGCUAGAAUUGUUUUAUCGAAAUCAAAUGGCUGAUCCAACUCGACCUGAGUUUGACAUCUUGGACUCAGAAGGACUUGAGUACCAUCGUUGGGUUUUCGAUAUGGAAACUGCCUUUGUGGCAAAAGACUACACUGCCACCAUUACUGAUCCCAAAGAUGAUGAACUAUCUAAUAAGGUGAAAGCAGAUGCCUUAAUUUUUCUGAGGCGACAUAUUGAUCCUAGCCUACGCUGGGAGUACCUUCAGUUGAAGACACCCAAAGCACUGUGGGAUGCCCUUAAAGGACGUUUUGGGAACAUUCACGAUACUUUGCUCCCAGGACUGGCUGUUCAGUGGAAUGGAAUCCGCUUUCUUGACUAUAAAAAGGUCAAUGACUUCAACAAGGACAUGUUGCGCUUAAAGGCACGUCUCAAUUUCUGUGGAAGGGAAAUCACAGAAGAUGAUAUGAUCUACAAGACUCUUACCACCUUUCCUAAUUCAGCUUUUAUACUAGCGAACCAGUAUCAGUUGGAUUAUGACAACAAAAGAAUCACAACCUUCAAUAAGUUGAUAAGCCUACUGCAAGUGGCUGAGAGACAAAAUAAGAUUCUCUUGAAUAACAAUGCCAGGCCCACUGGGACAAAGAAAAUUCCAGAGGCUAAUUAUGGAAAAAUGAAAGGUGGAAAUAACUCCAAUGCAAGGGGGUUUAGACGUGCUGAUCCCUACCCACGUGGCAACAAUGCACCAUGUGGAAAGGGACAUGGGGAUCAUGGAAACAAGAUGCCAAAGGAAAGAGUUGACAAUGAACCAUGCUAUAGCAAUGGCUGCCAGCCUGCCACUGAUAAAAUCUCCAAGCUCAAAUCUGAGGUCACCGCUCUUAACCAGAUCAGAUGUGAAUCUGAAAUGGUUAAUUUGUAUUGUAUGAAUCUAAAUUUGUUAAAGUUUUGUUCUUUAUAG